AUGGAGGUCAGCGCCAUAAAAGCCAAGAAUUGCAGUGGCUCAAUGGAAGCAGGCAACGCCAGUCAGUUCAGUGAAUUCUUCUUCGUGGGCCUCACCAAUGACCCGCAGCUUCAGCCCAUCCUCUUUGCCCUCUUCUUCCUCAUCUACGCAGUCACAGUGGUUGGAAACCUGGGCCUCUUUGCUUUCAUUGUGGUGUGCUCCCGACUCCACACUCCCAUGUAUUUCUUCCUCAGCAACCUGUCCUUUCUUGACUUCUGUUAUUCUUCAGUCACAGUCCCCAAAAUGUUGAUGGAGUUUUUAUCUGGUUGCCAAACCAUCUCCUUCUCUGGUUGUGUGAUCCAGACAGCUUGCUUCGUGGUCUUUGCUGUCACUGAGUUCUUCCUCUUGGCCUCCAUGGCCUAUGACCGCUAUGUAGCCAUCUGCCGUCCUCUACUCUACCACGUAAUCAUGUCUCCAAGGCUCUGUUUGCAGUUGGUGACCGCCAGCUAUGCAGUGGGCCUGACGAAUACAGUGCUCCUCACUAGUUCAACCUUUCAUCUCACCUUCUGUAAAUCUCACGUCAUCACUCAUUACUUCUGUGAUAUCCCUCCCCUUUUAAAACUCUCCUGCUCUGACACACAGGUCCCUCAGCUUCUCCUCUUUGCCUGUGGUGGUUUCAAUGUGUCCGUGUCCCUCACAGUAGUGCUGAUGUCCUACACUUGUGUCUUUAUGGCUAUCAUCAGAAUCCCCUCAGCCCAGGGCAAACACAAGACCUUCUCCACUUGUGCAUCCCACCUGACUGCUGUCAGCCUGUACUAUGGAACCACUGUGUUCAUUUACUUGCGCCCAACCUCUGAUUACUUACUAGGCAGGGGCAGGCUGGUCUCUGUAUUCUACACAGUGGUCAUCCCUAUGCUUAAUCCCAUGAUCUAUAGUCUGAGGAACAAAGAUGUGAAGGAAACACUUGAGAACAUUCUCAAGAAGACCUCACAAUUCUUCUCGCACCCCAUACCCAGAUUUCCAUGA